AUGGCAGGCACUUCGAGGAUGGACCGCCUUGUGAAGGUGCUGGGAGGCGAAGAGAAUCUGCCACCCAAGAAGCCUCAAGCACAAGCGAGUGCACCAAGUAACACGAACGUCAACCCCACGGAAGACGUCGCAGACCCGUCAUCAAACACGAAGACUCAAGACGGCGAGGACAGCGCGGUCGAGUGGUGGAAUCUGCAACCCCAACUCCAUCUCCACGAGCCUGAUCCAACCGCACCUGGCCCGGCCACAACACCAACGACCCCUCACAUGGCAGACGGCGACUCCCACUACAACUUCGAUCCUCGCAGAGGUGAGCCAGCUCCACUGGGCAUGGGAUACUGUCCCUUCGCAGCCGUCGUCAAGUACCCGUACAAGUUCGUCAAGGCCGACCUGAGGCAGCCCCUGGCCACCGCCUUCUUCGACGCAAGCAAGAUCUGGAACCGUGAGUGGGAUCUCCACUACAUCUGGUCCGAACACUACCCCACCGCUAAACCCGUGCUCUUCAUCCCGAAGUACCAGCUGCAAGGACUUCUAGACGACAUCAACCACGCCUUCCCAAACGCUCACCUCAAGAUCACUGACGAGCUGCGUGAGGACGGCCUGGUCAUCAGCUUCGACGACAUCGACCUCCGCCACCUCAGACCAGUCGUUUUGGGCCAUUCGACCAGCCGCGACCAAAUCGACUACUGGACUGACCAUCUUCCACUGCCAGAGUCAGUCUCCGAAGACAUGGGUAGCCGCACGCACGAGGCCUUCCGGGCGAAGAUGGAGCUGGCGCAGGAGAUCGCGAAGAACAAGUCCAAGGCGGCCAAGAAGAAGCGUCAAGAAGAAGUCGUGAUCAAGCGCCAGGGCAUGGCUCGGGAGAUGAAGCGCGCUCAGAAGUACUUGGGCAUGUGUCCAGGGCCUCAGUCAAGCGAGUCUCUCGAAGCUGAUCUCGCGAACCUCUCCCUCUCACCCAUCGACAUUACAAACAUCAUGCCCUAUCCCUUCGGUCAAGACGUCAUCUUCAUUGCCAUCACCGAGAUUGGCAUCGCCACCCUUGACACUCGCGACCUCAAGACCACCGCUCCCGGCCCAACUGGCACCGAAUGGCAAAAGGCCAUCCGCGCUCGCCACAUCCGCGUUGCCGAGUACACAUACCUCGUUAAUAAGGAUUUCGUCCAAGGCUGCCCUGACAAGUUUGAAUUCGGCAGAUCCGAGUUCGUGGGCUUAGACAAAGUGGUCCAGACAACCGCCUCCUGCUUCAAGUACCCCUACAGUGGCUCCCCACCUCCCGAUGAAACGGAAGAGAAGCGCAACAUCGUCCUCGUCGGCCACGACAUCAGUCAAGACAUCAAAUACCUCCACUCCAUCGGUUACAACCCCUACAACAGCAGCAGCGUCGUGGACACCCUGGACACGGCGACCAUGUUCCGCGUCUGCAACAAGGACCCCAAUGCGCGCGCCCUCGGCAGUAUCCUCUACGAGUACGACCUUACGGGCUGGCACCUCCACAAUGCGGGUAACGAUGCGGUGUACACGUUGUGGGCUCUGCUGGCGAUGUGCGUUACACAAAGCAGUCAGCGGGACUCUGAUGACGCAGCGAAGCAGAUGGAGGAGAAGCUGAAGCAGAGGACUGUGGAGGCGAUCGAGCGUGCGAAGGAGAAGGUGGAAGAUGAUAUGGAGGGCUGGGAGGAGGGUGGGGUGAAUCUCGAUGAGGAGAAGCCGAUGUAUGGGCCGAAGCGGCCGGGCGAGAAGGUGUUUUACACGAGUGGAGGGGCGAUACUAGACGUCUGA